AACUUUAGCGUGAAAAAUAACGACGAUUUCUAGUAAAGGAGGUGAGAAGGGAUCCAAGCUCUCGAUUCAACAGCUGGAUCCAUUGCUAUAAAUCCACUUUUCCAUGAGCAGCUGCCUUAGUUUAUCAUGGAAACAUCAAUUCAACCCUCCGCGGCUUCUGCUCCCCUAAAUAUUCCAAAAAAGUCGGCUGUUUUUCUCAGUCACUUCAAGAAGUUGAUUUUUAAAGUUGAAUUUUAACCCGUUGAAGUCUACAAGAACCUGAAUUUCAAAUUUUCGUCUCCCAUAAUAUCUUUCAUCGAGAAUCCAAAUGAAUGGCAUCAUGAUCCGCACCUUAAAGCACCAGAAAUUAGUGUGUGUAUGCCGCAAAUUCACGUCCUCCGCUGCAUUGCUCGAAGGCCCGGCAGUUGAAUAUGGUGAAAAUCAGGGAAAGCUCGAAGCACUUCACUUGGUCAGCAACCCCUCAAAUUUGAGAGGAUUGACAUUCAUAGAAAGCAAAGCAGCGCAUGCCCUUCUACUGAGAUGCGGCGUAAUAUACUCUGACAUUUACGCUGCAAACAAUUUGCUUGAUGCUUACUCGGAGUUCUGUCACAUGGAUUAUGCAUUUAAGCUGUUUGAGGAAAUUCCAUUACGGAAUGUAGUAACGUGGAAUUUGAUGAUUUUGGGGUGUAAUAAAAACUUCCUUUUCGAUGACGCGUGGCAAGUUUAUUGCCGAAUGCAUAAAAUGGGAGUGGGUAUGGAUGAGUUUACUUAUGGCAGUGUUCUGUCUGCUUGUGGUUCUUUGGAGCAUAUAACAAGUGGGAAGCAGGUUUAUGGGUUCGUUCUGAAAAACGGGUUCUUUACAAACGGGUAUGUGAGGGCUGGAAUGAUUGAUUUGUUCUCAAGGAGUUGUAGGGUUGAGGAUGCUUUGAGGGUAUUGUAUGAUGUUCACUGCAAGAAUGUGGUUUGUUGGAAUGCUGUAGUAUCUGGAGCAGUCAAGAAUAAGGAUAAUUGGGUUGCUUUGGGAAUUUUCAGCCAAAUGUUCCGCCAAGGCUCCAUGACCCCAAAUGCUUUUACAUUUUCGAGUGUUUUGACUGCAUGUGCUGCAGUUAAGGAGCUUGAAUUGGGUAAAAGUAUUCAUGGACAGGUGAUCAAAGGUGGUGCCGGAGCAGAUGUUUUUGUGGGAACUGCUGUUGUUGAUUUAUAUGCCAAAUCUGGGGCUAUGUCUGAUGCUAUUAAGCAAUUUAGGCUAAUGCCGGUGCGCAAUGUUGUCUCUUGGACUUCCAUCAUCUCUGGGUUUGUUCAGAAGGGUGAUUCAGCUUCUGCUCUUGGGGUCCUUAAGGACAUGCGUAAGACAGGAGAGGAGAUAAACACCUUGACAGUCUCAAGUGUUCUUGCAGCCUGUGCAAAUCCUUCUAUGUUUAAAGACGCACUACAGGUCCAUUGUUGGAUUUUCAAGAUUGGGCUCCAUUUGAACCCAGUAGUAAAAGCAUCUCUAAUAAACACAUACUCAAAAAUUGGUGCCAUUGACUUAUCUGAAAUAGCAUUUGCAGAGGCUCAGGACCUGAAACAAGUAGGUGUCUGGGCUAAUAUGAUUUCUGCAUUUGUUCAUAGUGGAAAUUAUGAAAAAGCAAUCACUUUGUUUGAAAGAAUGCUAAAAGAAGGUAUUACACCCGAUAAAUUCAUUGCUUCCAGUAUCUUAAGCCUAAUCGACAGCUUAAUUCUAGGGAGACAAGUACAUGGAUUUGCUCUGAAAGUGGGUAUGGUGUCUGAAGUUUCUGUUGGCAGUUCAAUUUUCACUAUGUAUUCAAAAUGUGGUGACUUGGAGGAGUCUUUAAAAGCAUUUGAGCAACUUGAAACGAAAGACAAUAUUUCAUGGACCUCUAUGAUUGCCGGUCUUGCAGAACAUGGGUGUGCAGAUAAGGCUGUUCAAAUGUUUAGACAGAUGGAAUUUGAGAAUUUGGUUCCUGACGAAAAAAUUCUAGCUACUAUUCUAAAUUCAUGUUCUGCUCUUCAUUCCUUGAAGCUAGGUAGAGAAAUUCAUGGAUUUGCUCUUCGAUGUGGGUUUGCCAAGCAUACCAUCAUCGAUGAUGCACUUGUGAAUAUGUAUUCAAAAUGUGGUGAUCUCAAUUCAGCCAAGAUAGUUUUUCACGCAAUGCCUUUCAAGGACCAGGUUUCUUGGUCCUCUCUAAUUUCAGGAUUUGCCCAAAGGGGGUACAUUGAGGAGGCUCUUCAGCUUUUCCACGACAUGCUUCUGUCUGGUAUUAUUACAGUUGAUGCCUUCACAAUCUCGUCGGUGCUUGGGGCUCUUGCAAUUUUAAGUACACCAGGCAUUGGUACUCUGUUGCACGCAUAUAUCAUUAAAAAGGGUAUAGAAUUAGAAGCUUCCAUAGGAAGUUCACUUAUCAUGAUGUAUUCAAAAUGUGGAAGUAUUGGUGAUUGCAGUAAAGUGUUUCAGCAGAUUAAAUAUCCUGAUUUAGUUAGCUGGACAACGAUGAUCACUAGCUAUGCACAUCAUGGAAAAGGAUUGGAGGCCUUACAAUUAUUUGACCUUAUGAAGAAAUCAGGAAUAGAGCCUGAUGAUGUUACUUUUGUUGGUGUUCUAUCCGCCUGUAGUCACACUGGUUUGGUUGGAGAAGGGUAUCUUCAUCUAAAUUCAAUGAUCAGAGACUAUGGAAUUGAGCCUGGUUACAAGCAUUACAUGUGUAUGGUGGAUCUUCUUGGCCGUGCAGGAAGACUAGAAGAGGCUCAAAGGUUUAUUGUCAACAUGCCUAUAGAACCUAAUACUUUAGUGUGGGAAACUCUACUUGCUGCUUGCAAAGUGCAUGGUAAUCAUGAGGUUGGAAAGCUAGCUGCUGAGAAGAUUAAGGAAUUGCAGCCCUCUGGUGCUGGAACAUAUGUUUCAGUUUCAAAUAUGUGGGCUGAAGCAGGAGAGUGGGAACAUGUUCUGAAAAUCAGAGGUUCAAUGAAGGAAACAGGAGUAACAAAGAAGGAACCAGGGUGGAGUUUCAUAUGAAAUAUAAGUGUUAACUGAUAUGAUUUUUUCUCCAUCCGAUCACCCAAAGUAAGAUUACAAAGUAAAGAACUGCAAGUCCCACUUGGGAAGUAUUCCAUAAGCAACCGCUCAACCUAGUAUAUAUAUGGAAAUGAAUCAGUUCCACACUCUCACUUAGCUUCCUGGGUCCAAAGCAACGUGAAAAAUGGCUUCUUGUUUCCGGUUACUGCUUCUGUUUUGGAUGGCUAUUGAAAAGGAGCGGAGUUGAGCUGCUGGAAACAGAGCUCAACCUCAGAAUGACAUGACUGAUAAAUUUAGCAAGAGCCAAUUUUCCUUAAUUCAAUCCACAGAAAUUCGACAAGCCCAAGGAGUUAAAGGACUGGAAAUGCUUCCAAUUUAGGUAAUUUGCAGUAAACAUAGUGAGUUUGCAUCAGGUGAGGGAUAUCCUCUCAUGCUAUGUGUGAGUAUGUUAGGUAGCUUGAGUCAUUGAUGCUUGAUUGCUAAAAUAUGUGUCGGUCAUUAGCAAGUGCACUAUCUAUCAAGUAGUAUAAUAAAUAUCGUUCCCACGAUAAUUUAAACGAAAUAAUUACCAAAAUUAUGAUAAUCUACAAUUAUCUGGAUGAUUCGUAAAGCAGGUGAUAGACUACUACUACUAUUACUAAAAAUAAUUACUAACGAAAAUAAGCUAAAAGAAUGUGUUGGAAAAGAUUUAGGAGUGAGAAAGAUGCGAAGGCUAUUGGUCUACUUAAUUGAUCCAAUGAAUGCAAAAUUCACAAAUUAAUCUAGCAAGCAAUGUUUUCAUACACUAAGGUUUUUCCCAAGUUAAUUCAAUAUAUUCUCUCGAGCUAUAUCAAACCUAUUAUUAUCAAGGAAACAGUGGAUCUCUCCAAUCGAUCUAAAACUCUGGACAACAUUAUGAUUCUUUGGUCUUGUGUUCUAUUGUGAUUGAACCUGUGUACACUGAUGAUAGGUAAUUGAAUUUUAUGGUGCCAUGUCCGUACCAAUGGCUAUAGCUCUAUCCGGCCCCUAUUCCUUGGACAACCUGUAAUGGUAAAACCUUCAGAGGCAGAAAAGAAUCUUGUUCAAUCAAAUACUUCUGCUGGUGGUGCAGGAGUUGCUGGACGAUAUGGUGCAACAGAUAGGAAGCUUUAUGUUGGCAAUUUACAUUUCAACAUGACACAAUUUCAGCUUAAAAGGUCAAUGGGAAGUUUCAAGCAGCGUUGGAUCAUUUUGUUUGGGUUUCAAGCCUGCUGCACUCAUGCUGGUCUGUUGGAGAAAGGAUGGGAAGUUUUCAAUUUGAUGAGUAAUACAUAUAGCAUAGAUCCCGGACUUGAUCAUUACGCUUGCAUAACUGACCUCCUUGGACAUCGAGGAAAGCUGAAAGAAGCAUUGGAGUUUAUUCAAGACAUGCCCAUCAAACCAGAUUCUGGGAUUUGGGGUACUUUGCUCAGUGCCUGCAAAAUUCAUCACAACUUAGAGAUUGCUGAGCAUGCAGCAUACCAUCUUCUUCAACUAGAACCACAUGCUGCGGCUCCUUACGUAGAAAUGGCUAAUAUAUAUGCAUCAGCAAGAGACUGGAACGGGGUUGCUGUAAUGCGUAUAAGAAAAUAAAGAGCAAACAGGUGACAAAUCCCCUGGGCAAAGUGUCAUACAAGUUGAUGGCAAAUUUCGUUCGUUUACUUUCUGAAGGGUUGCAAAUAUUUGAGACUUUGGAUUGCUUAGUCCUGCAGCUAAAAGAUGAAAUAGAUUUGUUAGCUCCCGAGGAACUCUUGUCGUGACUCAACCUUGGCGUUUAAGUGAUUCCCUAGCACUCCUGUCUUGGAGAUGAAAACGAGUUCCUUGUUUCUCCAUGGCAAUAUAAAAUUCCAUAGAAAUAAGAGGCCGUUUUUGAUAGUUUACUAACUGCCGAUUGGAAAGUACAUAGAAAUCAACAUGUAGAAUCCAAUGUUGUGAAAUUGUAAUUGAAGUGCCAAAAAAGGCAGCUUCAACAGAAGGCCCAAAGCUCACGUGCACAUUGAAACCACACCCAGACAGAUGUCUGUUAUGAGGCAGUAAAAAUUGCAAGCACUAGAUAAAAUCAGCAGGAGGCUGCUUAAUUCACUAUCUACUCUAUUUAUG